AACGAGGUUGCGGAAAAUGGACAGCAAAUUCAAUAACGUAUUCCGCGGUGGGAAAGCAGGGUGAACAAGUCAAUAAUUCCUAAACAAUUUGAUAUGGAGACAGCUGACGAUCCGAAUGUAGAAGCGGGCAGUAAAGAAAGAGACCUGAUCGAAAAGCUACUCGAUUCUAGCGAGAGUAGUGCGGAGGAAGAUUUUGACCGAGUCGUGUUCUCGAGCAGCUGGGAUGAGGUCGCUUGUGGAUGGAAACACACAGCGCCGAACGUUCGAUAUAUUUCUUCUGCUGAUCGAAAGAAGAAGACUAAAGAUAAAUAUUGGCGAAGUAGCCCGGAUUCUGAAAGCCAUUACGCUAAAGUGAAGCGUCUCGCUGGAAUGAUCACAAAUUCGAAUUCGAACGUAAAUAGCGUCACUGAAAUAAACAAAGUGAAAGCUGGAGGAACGUGGCCGGGAAAUAAGACGGUGAGGACAAAUAUGCGGAAUUUUCAAAAUGCUGAUGUGCUAUCUUACGAUAAUCCUUGUUGGAGAUAUAUUAUUGAUCCACGAACGUUGGAAUAUGUCGAGAGAACUCCGCUCCAAGUGCUCAGAAACAUGACCACCUCUCACAAGUAUCCGAACCAAACACUCGUUCUUGAGAACGGUGGUAUGAUCACUUUUCAAGAGACCAGUAAUGGAAGUAUUUCUAUCAGCGAUCCGGCCCAGACGUUUGAUCGUCGUCUCGUGGAAAACCUAGAUCUAAAGGGAGAGUACUCUGUUAAUAAGGGCAGGUUUCCUUUCAGUUUUGAGCCUUCCGUUCGUGUUCCGUUGAUCACCCAGUACCGAACAGAAGACCAUAAAAUCAAAGUGAUACACGCGGUAACUGCGCGAAAGGAAAACUCUGUGGUUUCAUUCUGCGAUUUAUGCCAAUUAGGAACUCAGGAUAUCGUCAAACCGUCUUGUAAACUGGAGAUCAGUACGAACAGUUCAACGGAGCUUAAACCUUUACAGAAGAUCACACCAAUACAGCGGCAAACAGCUGAUGACAGCCUCUUGGCCACUAAAGUUUUGGGAUCACAUUCUAAGCGAUCGGACAAUUCUACUUGUUCAAAAGGGUCGAAAAAAUCGAAGGAACAGAAGGUUGCGAGCCAAAAAAGAAAGUUUGGCCCGGGAGGGGAGGGUAAGUUGGACUGGCUACCAAUCACUAGGAACACCGUUGGAUACCCAUAUCCUUCAACAGCUGUGAGUCAGCCUCACGGUAAAUUUCCUGAAAGACCAUCAGGUGGUUUCACCAAGGCAUUCUCUUUACCAAAGCGCAAUAAGAAAGGAAAGAAACUGACUCUAAGUGAAGCUGCAAAUUUAGUUCCAAGUGGGGGAAAGCUGGAUGAUGCACUGAAAAAACUGUCUCAAGAGUUAGACAGAAAGGUGGAAAAAGGCUUAAGCUUUUCUGAGCCUUUGUUGCCAAGUGUUUCUGGAACAAAACUGGAAGUGCCAGCUUUGGCCAACAUGUGUGACAACUGAUGUCAGAGAAUGCUAUAAAUCAUACUUCAUCAGGCAUGCAAAAUAUUGGAACUUCCGCAGUAUCAGGGCAGACAGUCAAGUCUAACUUGUGAUAAAA